AUGGAACCCGACGAGAAUGCGGUGACACCCCGCCCCGAGUCAUGCCGGUCUGUUUUCGAGCUCGGCUUCAGAGCGUGGUCGUGCUACUCACAACGCGUAUCUCGGGGGGCAAAACAAGAAGCUCUCGAGGGCCUAAGAACCAUCGACCAUGCCUUUCCAGGCUAUCCCGCAUUACCCAGCGGCCUGAAUCUCGAGAAGUCAUCUGACUGCUGGGUGGCCAGUGGUGUAUCUUUCUGGGACGCGGCAGCUGGCUCAACGUCUUCCCACUCGUCACUCUUGAGCUGCGGCCCCGGCUUGCCGGAAGUAGGGCCUCAAAAACACAACUUUUUUGUCACCAAGUCCAAACCAACAAAGUUGACACUGAGCGACUCCUCUGAUAGUGGCCUUUUGUUCUUACUUGGGGACAAGGACGAUCACGUCACCAUCCUCAUCCUCGCCUGGGCUUAUAUUCUCUCCGCGAGAUGGACAGAACUCAUUCCAGGCGCCAACAACGUGCAGUAUACCGAGACCAGAGCAGGUUCAUCUAAACAUAAGCCUUCAAACAUCACUGUUCCUAUCGAGGCUAUAAGCGGAGAGGCCGCGCGCUGGUGGCAAGCAGUCCUGGUUCCGGGCCAAGGCUGGCUAGCUACUGCCGACGCUAACGGCGAGACACUGUCACCGAAAGUCGGGUUUCUUUGGGUAGGCGCUGCGGUUCUCGGGGCACACACCUCUUUACUCGACGGGGCACGCUAUGGAUCUUUUCAGAUCGAUUUACUCUCGGCUGCAUGGGUAGGCACUAUCCAGACAUUUAUGCAACUGCCGGUGUCCGCCACACAGUCCGGGCGCAUUCGGCGAGAGGAUGAGUGCCGGCUUGCCUAUCUGGCAUCGAAGGAAUUCCAGCAAAAUAUUCCCCACACACCCUGGAAACCUUUUGGAUCCGUCGAGCUCAAAGAUUCUGAGCUCGAUGUCCAGAUCCACGGAGGUUGUCUGGGCCACGGGCUCAGGUAUACGGGAUGGGCCUGGGACUGCUGGGAAGAUGGCCGAGCCGUCAGCGUCACACAACAGCCUCCAGCAUUCAAUGAUGCUGACCAGCAGCCAGUCUCAGUGCCAUAUUCGAGCGCGGAGAUCCCCUAUGACAUGCUGGAUUUGGAACACGAUUCUGCUUCCGGCACGGCUACAUUAAAUAUCUUCAUGUGGUUUCGUAGGUCAGGCUUUGCAGCCUCGGAGCAACAUAUUCGACGGCAUGAGUGGCUCUGUGAGGUUCUUGAUGAUGAGGAAGAGGAGGCUUAUGAAUCUUGGCCCGAAGACGAUGACGAUAGCGCCUGUGCCGUGAAGAAGCGGCCCAAGUCCGCCGCUCCGAGCCCAAAGCUUGGCGGAUGGCUUGCCUCCUCACAGGCUAGAAGGGAAGGCUCUGUGUGA